AUGGAUCCAAUCAAUAAUUCUAUCUUAUCCUCUGAUGAUAGUGACGACGAACUUGAUUGGGAAGAAGUUGAAGUUCCUCAGGCAGAGCACCUAGAGAUUACUCUGCAACCUAAGGCGACCAGUACAAAGGCAUCGACGAAGCGAAAAGGCUUGUCGCAUACGGAGCGGCUUACGCGAAUUCACUGUCACAAGAUCCAUACCAUUUGUCUCAUUGCUAAUGGGUGGAUACGAAAUCACUGGAUUAAUGAUGAACUGCUGCAAGCGCGUUUACUCUCGUUGACCCCACUACCUCUGCAAAAUAGUUUUGCUAUGAUACACAAAUCUCGUGUACCGGAUGCGGCGAGACGAGGAUAUCUAUUCGAGGCCUCUAUCACUCGUUUGGCAGAAUGGUGGUCCGAGUCUUUCUUUGAGGUGACGCCUGAAGGCCAUUUACGCAACAGAACGUUUGAGGAUGUCCAACUAGGCCUUGAGGCUCAAGGCUUUCGCUCCCUGGCCGAGCCUGCAGCUAAGAAACCCGCGGCACCGGCACCAGCGUUUCCAGAACUUAUUCAAUCUUUGCAUCAAUCACCAACCAUCGACAAUGAAACGCUUCAAGAUAUAUUAGACGACGACGGCGAAUUUAUCAGGACUCCGAAAAGCCUCAUGAAACAUGCUCUCAUGCGCAAAGGCUCUCGAGAUCUAAGUGCGCAACUGUUCACAGCGCUGUGCCGUUCUUUGGGUAUUCCUACAAGACUGGUUGUUAGCAUCCAAAGCGUACCAUGGCAGGCCAAUAUCAACAAACCCAAAGCAAAACCGAGGACGAAGAAGGGCAAGGGGAAGGCUAUUGAAAGUCAAGCUUCGAGUCAGUCUCUCAAUGGCGACUUGAAGGAGCAAUCCCAAGCCAAAUCGAACCCCAUCAUCAAGCUGCGCAAGCAGAAGCCCAAGGGAAAUCGUCUUGGCGGACCUUCCCCAGCGGCAUCGAGUUUUGCAAGAAACCAUAUUCCUUCGCCUUCGGUAACCCCUCCUGUAUUCUGGACAGAAGUGUUUUCUCGCGGAGAUGGCCGUUGGUUAGCUGUUGAUCCUGUCCGAUGUAUCGUAAACAAGAGGAAAGCAUUCGACCCAAGCCCUGGCGCAAGUGCGCCUCCAGGCCCAUCAUCUUUUGGGAGUCUCGGAACCCCCGCACCACAGAAGAUUGCCCGUCCCACAUUUUCGUAUGCUGUUAGUGAGAACAGAAUGGCCUACGUCCUAGCGUUCGAAGAAGAUGGGUACGCUCGUGAUGUCACCCGGCGAUAUGCAAGAGAGUAUGGAGCCAAGGUCUCGAAAGUGCAAGGUCAAGGUAGGGGUAAAGGGAGACUGGAGUGGUGGAACCGAGUACUGAGCAUUGUGCAUAGACCGUACCGUUUGCACAGAGAUGAUAUCGAAGAUGAGGAGCUAGACGCGAAUGAAAUGAAGGAAGCUAUGCCUACUACAAUCUCCGGCUUCAAGGAUCACCCGCUAUACGUCUUAACCCGGCACCUACACCAGAACCAGAUUAUAUACCCAGAGCCGCCAGACACGCCAGAAUUAGGCAAGUUCCGGGGCGAACCUGUAUAUCCCCGCUCCGCUGUAGUCGAUCUAAAGAGCAGCGAGAACUGGCUUCGAAGCGAAGGAAGGGUGGUGAAGGCAGGAUGUCAGCCCUUGAAGAUGGUGAAAGCGCGAUCUGGGACAGUGAAUAAAUUAAGGGAGAUCGAGACCCUCAAGACGGCAGGAGCGGGCAACGGAGAGGUCAUGCAGGGUUUGUAUGCGAGGGGCCAAACAGAAAUGUAUGUCCCACCACCGGUCAUCGACGGGAUCGUACCGAAGAAUAAUUUCGGAAAUAUCGAUCUGUAUGUGCCCUCCAUGCUGCCCAGGGGCGGAGUACACGUUCCCUUCAAAGGAGUAGCAAAGAUCGCACGACAACUAGGGUUGGAUUAUGCAGAAGCUGUGACUCGCUUCGACUUCAAAAACAGGAGAGCAUUGCCCGUCAUUGAGGGCGUAGUGAUUGCUGUUGAAAAUGAAGACGUCUUACUUGAGGCGUAUUGGGAAGCCGAAAAGGAACUUGAGGAGAAGGCGCACAAGCAACGCGAAGAACGAGUAGUGAAGAGAUGGAAACGCCUCAUCCAAGCUUUGCAAAUACGGCAACGUCUACAGAAUCAAUACCAGAAUACGCAUAAUGAAAUCCCACCAGCUGAUCACCACCAGCCAGUGCAAGGUGAAAUGGUCAUCGAAAAGGAUCAUGAUACGGAUCAGGCGGGGGGAUUUCUCGUGGGGGCAGACGAUGUGGUACAACCAUUUCACUUACCAAGGAACUUUCAUCCCGUACUCCCCUCUUAUCCUCCCGUUCUCCGCCCAGCGCCCCAUGAGGCAGACGACGGCGUCAAUACAAGUGAAAAUGAGGACAUGGCAAACCCCGAACCAGUUAUAUUCAAGACAAUGGAUAUCGAUUCGGAUGAGGAACCAAAUGUGGAUGUGAAUACGACUUCGAACACAUCGCAGCUAAACUUGGUCCCGAAAUCUAUGAAGGAAUUAGCUGCGAGGAUGGAUACAACAUCCGUUGCCGCGGAUGAUGUCUCCGAAUCGCCCUUACCGCCCGAGACUGAGGCUACGACGGAUCAGGCUAUGGCAAAAUCCACAUGCACCCACAACGGCAAGGCUCUAAAGCGAAGCGCGACUCGAUCAUCUGCUCGUGUCUCCAGACAGAAAUGCAAGAAGGAUAGCGACAGCGAAGACGAGUCCAUGGCAAGCGAUUCCCCGCUGCCGAAGAAGCGACGGACAAAAGGUUUGGAUGAAAGCGUGCCAGUGCCAUCAUCCAGUCGAGUAUUACGCCCGCGGCUACCCAGGCGCGAGGCUUAA